CACCCUUUUUCCAUUAUAAAUACAAUUACAACUCUCUUCCCUUUUUCUCUCUCUCUAUCUCUUCCAUACUCAAAGUUUCCACAUCAAAUCAAUGGGUGGUACCUCGCCGUGCGCCUCGUGCAAGCUCCUCCGCCGCCGCUGCGCCAAAGACUGCGUCUUCGCCCCCUACUUCCCGUCCGACGACCCCCACAAGUUCGCCAUUGUCCACAAAGUCUUCGGCGCCUCCAACGUCAGCAAAAUGCUUCAGGAGCUCCCGGUGCACCAAAGGGGGGAUGCGGUGAGCAGCCUCGUCUACGAGGCGAACGCAAGGGCGCGGGACCCGGUGUACGGGUGCGUGGGGGCCAUAUCGUACCUGCAGAGCCAGGUGUCGCAGCUCCAGAUGCAGCUGGCGGUGGCGCAGGCUGAGAUCGUCUGCAUCCAGAUGCAGCAAGACCAUGAGCAGCAGCAACACAACAUCAAUCAGCUAAUGAUGGAUGAGCAUGAGAAGUCGUGUUUUCUGCAAAACAACUUUAUUAGUUUCUCUAGCGCUACUUCAAAUGUCGCUAAUGUAAACUACGACUCUUUCAAGAAAGAAUCCCUGUACGGACAUGACAUGGUCUCUUAG